AUGUACAGAGUUAGGUAUAGCACUGAUAAGAUAUAUUUCUAUUAAUAUUUUUGAAAUAAAUUCAUCGAUUCAAGUGAAGAAAAUCCGAAAGGGGCCUAUUCAGGCUUACGGCUGAUAAAUUGCAUGGCGACCGUCCCUUGUUAGGCUUAUUUUGUUCGUACAACAAAACGCGCACGCGGUUGAAAACAAAUCUUAAAUGUGAAUGCAGAUAUUAAAGUUGAAACUGAGAAGUCAAGUUAUACUUUUCCUGUCGGAUUUAAAAUCAACGAAAAAGGUUUAGAUGAAAGACACAACAACGCACCGGAAACGUAACAAAUCAGAGAGCGAUUCCGGCAAACAACAUGAUCAAAAAGACGGACACCACAAAACGGGAACCAAACCACACCAUGGUGCGCAAGGAGGUCAAAGUCAACAUGGCGGCCACCAUGGAAGUCAACACGGAGAGCAUCAUGGGAGUCAACAUGGCGGUCGACAUGGGGGACAACAUGGCGGUCACCAUGGAAGCCAUCAUGGCGGCCACCACGGUAGCCAUGGUGCUCAUCACGGUUCACAUCACGGUAGUCAUCACGCAGGGCAUCAUGGCGGACAUCAUCAUCACAGAGGCGAACAUCAUACAGAUCAUGGCCAUCAUGACGGUGAUCACCAUCAUUCAGCCGGAUCACAUCCGUUCAGACCGCGGAGGGAUACAAUGUUAUCCAGAGGCCAUUCGACACACCACGACGAUAAAAGAAGUACCGGCACCAACGAAGCGGUUACACCAGUGGUAUUUUACGAGAACACAUACAAGAUGGUUCCGGACUGCAGAAUCCAUGAGGGUAAAAUAAGAGAAAUUAUCCAAGCUGUUCUUAAAGAAAACAUCAAGGAAACGAAUUACGACCCCAAUAUGUGUGGGCAAAAGUGUCAAUUAAUUAGCGAGAUAAUUAAAGAACGCGUAAAGAAUCUAAAUAUGGACCGGUUUAAGAUUAUAUGUAUGGUAAUGAUAGGCCAAAUCAACGACCAGUCUAUGCUAGUCACAUCUAGAUGUCUUUGGGACCACAGAUUUGACAACUCAGUCAGUGUAGAAUACAAAAUUGGAAACAUUAUAGCUGUUGGGCUCGUGUUUGCAGUGUAUGCUGAGUGAAGCUACAAUACGACUAGAUUUUAACUUUGUUUAAUACGUAAGGACUGUAUCUCCAUUUACAUGCCAGUCUUUUAUAUAUAUGCCGUUUGAAACGUUAAAUUUUCUCAGCCAGCUUUACAAAAUUACUGGCGUUUGUUAUUGUAAUUGAAUAUGCAUUUAUUUUAAUAAAGAAAUGUCUUGCUCUCGA